GGCGGCAGAAAUAAAGAUGACGUUACGCAUGUGAUUUGGGAGUUAAGGAUCUCGCACCUUGACAUACCUGGUAGACAUAUAGGCGGUCAUCUAACCAAUAAGAAUGUAUAAAUAUCUAUUUUUGACAAACUUGUUACAAUUUUGUGAGACUUCUGGCCUCAUACCCGGUGUAAAAGCCUUAUAUAUCGGAAAUGUGUUGUUAUUCCUAAACUGUAAAACUAAGAAACCAGGAUAAUAUCUGAACCCUAGGUUCAUUUCAUAAUUUCUGUAGAGAUUGAGCAACAAGUUCACCAAAACCGGACCAUACGUUUGCAUAGCUUCACAGCAAUGGGAAAGAAUAGAUACAACAACCAAAUGAACCGAAAUUGAACAGUCGGCUUUUUCUUAGGUAGAAAGUGGCAUAUUGCAAGAAGAGCAUAUAAGCUGAUAUAUCCACAAUAAUAAUGAAUUGUACGAGCUGUUUCUCUUGUCCAACUUAUUCACCUUGCUAUAUUCACAAAAAGGAGCUGACUAUCAAAUGAUGCUGUGGUUCCUGUUGUUGGCUUUAUUUACAUUUGUCUAUUGUGAUAUUGAAAAAUUAGAUAAACAUUUCAAUGGAAAUCCCCACGUUCCUGAUUUUGCUGUUCCAGAGAUUCAGCUUGAGAAUCGACUUCAUUUAUACUUCAGGAAGAUUGAUAGUAACCGUGAUAACUUCAUUGAAAGGGAUGAGUUAGCCUCUUGGAUUCACAAGACCUACGAAUCCUUGGAUCGUGAACAUGCUGAAAAACAACUUAUGGACUUUGAUAAAGAUAAGGAUGGAAGAGUCUCAUUUGAUGAAUAUGUCAGUCAUACCUACGAAACUUCUGAAGAGGAAUUAAAGAACUCGAAAGAUGACCAAUCGUCAAAGUUUAUUCUUGAAUCCUUGAAAAGCGAACGAUCGCGUUUCAAUUUCGCAGAUAAAAAUGGUGAUGGCUUUUUAUCAUUGAGAGAGUUUACAAUAUUCCUUCGACCCGAAAAUUAUGAAGAUAUGGCCAACUAUGAGUUGCAGACAAGUUUUUCACUUUUCGAUCAAAAUAAUGACGGAGUGAUUACAUCAGAUGAAUUUACAAAUUUCUCUUAUCGCGGUGUAUCACAACAGAAUUAUCUUCGUGAACAAUUCGAACUUCUGGAUGUCGAUCACAAUAGACUACUCACUUCGAAUGAGUUACGACCGUGGUUAUUAACGUCUUUAAAAUCAGCUGCAGAAUCUGAGGCGACACGUUUAAUGAAUAUAACAGAUUCUAAUCAUGACGGUAAACUCACGCUGGACGAAGUUUUGGCUAAAUCACAAUCUUGGAAAGAUAGUCAUGUUGUUAAGCAUUCGAGAUCUUUGUGGGAUGAGUUGUAAAACGAAAUGCAUUUGUGUGUAUACAUGUUUAUUAUUAUUUUGUGCCAUUUUCUCUUGUUCUUUCCAGUGAUUUAAAUAGGCAUUUCAUAAUUGUAUGUAUCUGUGUGUGUUCGCACCAGAAGCAAAUCUUAUUAACUUUCUAAUGUAUUAGUUUACUUUAUUAUUUUUCGUUCAUGGCUGUUGCAUUUACUUAAAUUAACUUUUUCUUGUUGAAAAUCAAUUAAGUUUUUAAUUAAAUACCUAUCCGUUGUUGCUCACUGGCAUUAUUCAUUAUUUAAGAAAUACACAGUUCUAUUUCCCAAAUAUAUACUCAC